AUGCAUUCGUUAUCACGAAAUUUAAAAUGGUGGAUCGUUGCGGUCGCACAUGUGGAUCUUCUUGCUAUCCCAAGAGCAACGCAACUAAUUCAACGGAGGAACAAAGCAAGGGCACAACUACAAGCCGUCCUCACACCGAUUGAAGAGCUAAUCACGCAGUACCCCGAUGCCAAUGACAAAAACGCCGCGUACCGGGAAAUACUCGCACGGAAAUUAGCUGUCGACAACCGGCUAUCAGCGCUAGUCAACGCGGACCAACAAGUCAUCGAUCAUUACGAUGAAGACCACGCCGAAUUUACCGAGACUGAGUCAUAUGAAGUCGAAAUACUCGCCCGCUUCGCUCUACUUUCGAUGUUUGUCGAAGAAUUCCAGACUAUUCGAUUUCAACAACCAGUCAUCCAACAAGCACCCCUCGAUCACAACAUGGCCGCCCUACAACCGGAUCAACAAACCCACUACAAGUCAGUUCGUCUUCCGCAUUUAGAAAUACCCACUUUUCACGGCGAUCUACUCACUUGGGCCGAAUUCAUUGACAAUUUCAAAGCCGCUGUCCACAACGACCCUCGUAUAUCCGAUAUCCAAAAAUUCACGUACCUCAGAAACUACGUAGAUGGUGAAGCCAAACGAUUGAUCAACGGAUUUCCAACCACCGCCGAGAACUACAAACUCGCAUUCGACCUGUUACACGAUAGAUAUGGUCAACCUCGAGGAAUCAUCAAUGCACAUAUGAAAUCUCUAUGGUCCCAACCACCACCGGAUUACAAUGCAACAAGUUUACGAGAAUUUCAUGACGCAUUAGAAACAACAGUACGAGCUUUGAAAUCCCGAUGUUGUCAAAACUACCGCUUAAUUUUCAACAACUGA